AUACUGUUGAUUUGCUGAACAUGUGCAAUAAACUUUAGAUCGAAAAUCUCAGAUUUACAACUUAUGUCCACAAAUAUAUACAAUGGCAUUGGGAAACGAUGUUGAAGAUGUUGCUGGUUUGUUAGAGAAAACUACAGUGAAGCAACUCAAUAUUGUCAGCUUGCCUGACAAGGGACGGAAAUUGAACACGGCUGAAGAUGGUGGGUAUAUCAAUAGUUUCAUUAUUUGGUGAUCAUGUUGAUAUAAAUAUAUAAAAUAAUGUAAAAUUUAUAUAGUAUUUAUGAAAAGUCAAAACAUUUUGUUAAAUUGGCAAAUUGCCUUUUUUGUACCUUUUAUACUUAUAAAGUAUCCAAUUCACAGAGCCAUCACAGGGGGAAUGUGAAACUGCAUUUGUCAACAAAAAAGUAGACUGAAUAUUAUAUAUGAUUCAUGUUUCCCAGAUGAUGGCUCUGAAAUGUGUGUUGUGCAUCCUAACUGGAAUCAAGGCAUGUUUUGCCACUGAUACGUGGUGUACAGUGAGAUCGAGUCAUGUCUCUUUAGAUUUGUAAUAACAAUACGACGAAUAGUAUUAUGUCUAUUAUAGCAAUCUAAUAAAGGUUAUUACAUGUCUUAAAACAGUCGAAAACAACCAAACUAGAAUCAAACAUGCUCUCCAUUUUGUCUGUUACUGCGCAUGUCUGCUACAGUAGCCCAUACCUUACAGAUUAAAGAGUAAGGGGUCGAUGGCCGUCGACAAAUAGGUUUCGUCACGCUUAACAGCAAGUUGGCUGUUAAUGUCGCAACCCCCUUCCCUCCUCCCCCUUAGCGGCAAUCCCUGAAUAAUGGAAAACCCUCAAUCUGGAUAUAUAUUCUUAAUAUAUACAAAAAAGAACCAUUGGCACAGGGUUCGAAUUAAAUAUUUAAAAGUGAAUAGCGAAUUUCUACCCAUUGACUAAUGCAAUAAAAAGUGAAUAGCGAAUUUCUACUAAGUGAUUACUGUGUUCAUAUACAGUAGAAAAGGAUUAAAUAAUUCCAAUUUCCAAUUAUCACCCGUAAAAAUUCGUGCAAUAUCUGAAAGAGUUAAUGGGUGAUUCCAGCUAUACACUAAAUUUCGAUCAAGGCAAGAAGAACGAAAUCCAACACCACAGCUAGAAAGAGCGUCUUAGAAUGAGUAAAACUGCAAAGAUUGGUUGCUAAAUGGUGUAAAAUGAAGAAAAUAUAGCCCUGUGAAGUUCGCAAAUUUUGUAUAUAUUUGUAUUACGCGCGGUGAAAAUAACCACUUUCGCCUCAAAAAUGGUUAUUUUUCCCACACGUAAUGCAAAUAUAUACAAAAUUUGCGAACUUUACAGGGCUAUAUUUUCCUUAUUUUACAACAAUUCGCGACCAAACUUUGCAAUUUUACUCAUCCUAAGAUGCGUGUUCCAGCUAUGGUAAUGGUUUUGUUCUUCUUGUCUAGAUCAAAAUUUCAUUAGGAAAAGCAACAGAAUUCUAUUGUCUAUUCAGAAUUAUCAGCGCAAAUAAGAGAAUGUUUUGCCUCAAAAAACACGAAGAAUUGUUUGAAAACAAACGUUUCCAAUGUUAUUUGUUUUACUUUUUCACAUAUGAAAUCUUCUCAGGUUGAAUAGUGAAAUCCCCAGAACGGAUAGCGAAUCGCGAUUCUCUAUCUGUUAAUUCGAACCCUGCAUUGGCAACCUUGGGAAAUAAACAAUGUUUUGUACACAGUUCAAUGUAUGCUGAAACCACUUUUUAACUUGUAGUCAAAUCGAACUUGUCCUAUUAAAUGCCUGUGGAAUUGGUUGAUUUUAGUAAAAUUUGCAAAGAAUUUCGUCAAUAAAUUUUAAGGUGAAUUUUCAUCACAUAAAAAUAAUUUUAACAGCAUUGAUCACGACCACCUCCCCUUUUAACAGCUAACUUACCGUUAAGCAUGACGAAACCUAUUUGUCGACAGCCCCUAAGAAAGUGAUUUGGUGAUUUUCUAAUGUUACUCAGAUUGACUUUUUCAAAUAUGGCAUAUCUUUUGAAACUUUUAUUAGUAUAAAUAAUGCACAAUUGUAAGAAAAAUGUUCAUCAGAAACCUGAUAUUUACCUUUUUCAGAACCAUCCUCAGAGAUACAAAAAACUAGUUUAUGAACUUGCAGCAGAAUAUGUCAAUAAUUUAACAUGUAAAAUUUCUUUAACUUUGCCACUUUGAUGACUUUGCUCAGCAGCUCCUGAUUGACCUAGCUAGGACCCCGGCUUGAGCCGUGUGGUGCCCACAGGAGUUAUACUACUGAUUGUCAUAGGGAACAAUUUACCUCCAGUGUGAGUCAACCUUGUUUGAGAAAGGGAGAACCUGGGAACGAGAUUGAGUUUGGGUCCUCUUGCAAUCUCGAACCCAUUCUCGUACUCAGAGCCCUUCUUACGCGCGGUCAGUGACGAGGGGCUCUGGCAUAAUCCAAACUGGAUACCAUAAAAACAAGCUAAAGACAGGUUAAACACUGCGCAUGCUCAACUCUUAUUGUUUAAGUCUGGAUACCAUGUUUUUAUGGUAUCCGGUUUGGAUUUUGCCAGAGCCCCUCAUUGCUGACCACACGUAAGAAGGGCUAUCGGUACGAGAAUGUUGCAAACCCUAAGUCUGCAAUCCUUUAUGGAGGCUUGCUGAGGCUCUGGGAAACACCAGCGAAUUUGCACGCCACGAUAUCAGACUAUCAGUACAUUUGGAUCCAGUACCCUGCUCAACAUUUAUAAAAUAAUAAACAUAAUUACUGCCGCCAAACAUGAAUUAUGCUGAACAUUGUUCAAGCUUAUGACUUUAAUUUUUCAAAGAACACUUGCUAGGGUUUUGAAAUGUUGUAAGAUAUGAUGUUGGUGAUUUAUUUAACUUGUGUAAUUAUGGUAAAUCAUGGAUUGUUGUGUUGCUAUAGCCUUGAGAGUAAUGCCUAUAUUGAUAUUAAUAAAUAUUACAAGCAAUGGCUAAAUUAAGUUGGAUCUACUAGAUAUAAUUUUAUCAUGACCUUAUGUGGCAAUGCUGCACUGUAAGUUGUUAUUCUACAGUUUUGUUUUUUGCAUAUUAAUAUCAGAAUGGUCUAUUGAUUUCUCAUUUUAUAUGAAAAGUGAAGGAAAUUAAAGUUAAUAUUACUUACUAAAGUUAUGCUGUGUGUUUCAUUGAUAUGUUAAGCAUAAUACACAAAGAUAAAUAAACUUUAUAUUAAACUAUAUUUGAAUCACUAAGUAGGCUCACAGUUUGAAUAAUAAUUAGCACAGAAUCAGUGUAAAAUAAAUGGGUACGAACAUUUAACAGACAACCAAUCAAAGCCUGAUUUUCGCUUGUGUUUCUCAGAGCCUCAGCAAGCCUGCAUAGAUGAUAUUACAGGCUCAAGGUUCAAGAUUUGGUCCUCUUGCAGUGAUGUAAAUUUUUUUGUCCUGUUCUGUUCAAUGUAUUUACUUUACUAUAAUAUUAUGAAAUUUCAGAUUUUACAUUUGUGAGCAAGUAUAAACUUUAAGUUAAUUAGCCUUUAUCAAGCCGCCAUUUCUGGGGUACUGUAAUUUUUUGUAAACGAUUUAUAUAACAGUGUGAAAAGCAAUAUUUCAGAACAAACUAACUAUUUACAGAGUAAAUUUACCAUCAUACACCCACAAAAUUAUAAAAUGUCGCUGUUACGUGGUGUUAGGCUCGCAGAAUUGGCAAAAAGUUACCCCGAAAAUGGCGGCGUGAAAAAGGCUAAUUGAUUAUUCACUCUGUUGUGUGGUAGCUACAUAGAACACUUGAUUUCUCGUUCUUAUAAACUGUAUAUACUGGAUAAGUGACAUCACAUGCAAGGAUCUGCAUGUGUUCCAAUUUCUCAGCUGGAUUUUGACAGCUCUAGUUAUUAGCCUCCUUCGCUGAGGUUAGUGGGAUCCCAACCUGAGAUGAAGCCCCGAGACACAGAGUAGGGUACACAGAAGGCCGACUUCUUGGUUUUUCCUAUGAUUUUCCUAUGAUUUGGCGUAACCUGUAAUUCGUCAUCAAAUGCUGACGCUAUCGUCCUCAGGCCUUAAAAUAUCUUUUACAGGGCCGUCUGACAAAAUGUCCGAUGACGUUCGCUGCCCCGCGCUCGACUACGUUAAAAACAUUUCCAGUUCACCUUUUAUACAACAGAACUCUGAUUUUCCAUUUAACAUACAAGCUUUUAGCCCUGGGCUAGGGUACAUUUUGAUUUACGUCGGACAAAGCUACAGUUCGGUCUGACACCAAUACACUCAGGUCGGACAAACAAUAAACCUCAGUUUCACUUUGAUCGGACAGAAUGUCCGGUGGUUUCCUCUAUACGUCGGACAAUUUCACGAAUGGCCGUGACCGACCGAUAUUUUAAGGCCUGCUGGUCCGUUUGAGAGGCAUUCACCCCCCUGAUAAUAUUCAAAAUGGUGGACGUCCAAGGCACAGAAUAGGAAGUUAUACCAGAAGCGUAACUCUAGUCGUUUCCCUUAUUGUUUGACGUCCACGAAAAUUUUAACUCGCUCACGUCAGGCCACGCCAUCCUGGCUAGUACAGUCGGAAGUUUUUAUCAGGAUUUGGUAGGUACAAAGUGCCGGUUGUACUAGCCAGGAUGGCGUGAUUGAUGACGAAUCGCUUGUAAAAACGCGGACAAAUAUUUGCUCGAGUUACGCUUCUGGUAUAACUUCCUAUUCUGUGUCCAGGGGGAAUGCCUCUCGAACGCGCACUGGCUAGGACCAUGGCGUCACAGAAUAGGAAGUUAUACCAGAAGUGUAACUUGAGCAAAUAUUUGUCCGCGUUUUUACAAGCGAUUCGUCAUCAAUCACGCCAUCCUGGCUAGUACAACCAGUACUUUGUACCUACCAAAUCCUGAUAAAAACUUCCGGCUGUACUAGCCAGGAUGGCGUGGCCUGACGUGAGCGAGUUAAAAUUUUCGUGGACGUCAAACAAUAAGGGAAACGACUAGAGUUACGCUUCUGGUAUAACUUCCUAUUCUGUGAUGACGUCAGCAUUUUGAUGAUGAAUCAUGGCGUGGCAGCGGUUACUCGAGUCGACCUUCUGUGUGCCUUAUUCUGUGCCCGAGAUGAACCCCCGAGAUGACAGUUACUAAUAUUUCAAAUUUUUAAACGAACUUACCAUAAAUUAGAUAAAUACCUAAUUAGUACAUGCAUUUCAAGGUAGUAUACAUGAAGAAACAACAUCAGUUAGAUCUAUUUAAUAUAUACUAUUGUUUUUAUAGCUGCUGAUGUUGUUAAAGCUAUCAAAGAAAGUAAAGAUGUGCAAGCUUUUACCUUGGAAGGAAAUACAUUGGGUGUUGAAGCUGCCAAAGCCAUCGCUGAAGCUUUAUCAAAACGACCUGAGUUUGAGGUAUAUUUUUGAAUAUAGGGGAAACAACAGCCAAUUCAAUGACCUCAGGCUAAUGUGUACCUUGUCUUGUGCAAAAUACUGAAAAUCUGAGAGUCUCUUACUGGGCGGUUAUCCUUGUCGGCCAAGAAAAUCUAAUUUGAAUUUACUCACCGAUGAGAAUAAGCGCGUACCUACAUGUAACAGUGGACUUGUCAUGUUCUAUUCAUUUUUUUUCUUCAGAGGGCUCUAUGGAAUGAUAUGUUUACUGGUCGAUUGAGAUCGGAAAUACCCAUAGCUUUGGUAAUUUUAUAUACGAUAAGUAACACCAAAUGUGAUUUUAAUUUGCGUAAUAUUAGUGUCAUUCUGAGAAGAAGUAAAAUAUCUUUACAUACAGUAGUAAAAACCUCAUCGUGCUCAACUUUUUCACUGUAAAAGACUGAUUUUAAAGUAAAAAACAAUGGAAAAGUAAUUAAAGCCAUUAAUUUAAUGACACUAUAUAUAUACUAAAUUCUACAGUGAAAAAGUUGAUCCAGAUGAGGUUUUCUACUCACAUACACUACCAUCAACUAUCACACAUACACUACCAAAACUCAUUAGGGUUAGUGGCAGCUUUGAACGCAAAAUCUAUUUUUUAUUAUUGUUUCUUAAGGAAAGUUUGGGUGAUGCAGUAAUAACCUCUGGUGCACAUCUGACUGAAUUAGAUUUAUGUGAUAAUGCAUUUGGUCCAGAUGGAAUGAAAUCUGUCACAAAACUUUUAACAAGUUCAUCUUGUUUCUCCUUGAAAGUUUUAAAGUUUAACAACAAUGGUCUUGGAAUUGGAGGUGGUCAGGUUUGUCUAAUGUUUUUUUUAAUGGCAAAUAUAACGGUGCGUAUGCAUAUAACGAUGCGUUUGCAUAAUUCGGAUUAUUUGCACGGUUAUUAAUAACGAAUAUUAUCCGCUUGGGGAAUAUACAGUUUGAGAUGAAAGUGCAACUGAAAUCGACCCGACCAAUCGGAAUGCGUAAAAGGUUGCACAGCGCGAAAUCACAAACACCUGUAGAUGUCCUUCUAUCUCUAAAUUGCAAUAUACCAAAAGUAACGUAGAAGUUCAAAUUCUAACUGAUUGUCAACAGGUAGUCAAAGUUAUUUGACCACCAUAGGAAUCGAACCCGUAACAUUUGAUUUGCGUCCAAUGGCGGACAUUUCCCAAAAUAUUCGGGAUGUGUAUUUAGGUUACCAAAAUAAUACAACUCACCUUGUUGCUGCAAAUUUCACUCCUUUAAAACUUUUUGGUUUUGGCUGUUUUUGCCCGAAUUUAAAGAUACUGUACUCUUACUAAGGCCAAAAAAAAUAUAUGGGUUUCCUGUUUCCCGACCCUACCUAGCUUUUGGACGUCGAAAUCCCGACCCUAAACUUUUUUAUUAGAUCAUGCUUGUAAGUGUUUCCACUUAGAGGAAAAAGUUUGUGGAAAAUUGAAAUUGGAGGCAAUAUUAGGGAAAUUUAUCUUUGGAUGUGGAAGCACUGACGAAACAAAAUGGCGUCCGCUUGUUCGGAAAAUUAAAAAAAAGUUUUAAAAAAAAAAGUUAAAACCGACCUACCCUACCUAAGUUUUUAUAAGAAGAAACCGGAAACCCACAUUUUUUUUGGCCUAAUUAAAAGGAUAUCGGGAUUUUAUAGUUUAAAUAGCCUUGUUAUGACUUACAGUAGUACAGUACUUUGUUAAUAAGCUAUCUUUCAGAGAUGUCUGAAAAAGUGGUGCCGCCCCCUUUCGUCCCCCUCGUGUCUGUCAGUGUUUGCGUCACUGAUAUCACAUAAGCUACUGUAGGUCUUGGUUAGGAAAAGAACUAUGGCAUGAUGGCAUUUUACAUAUCAGUAAUCUAACCGUUUUCAUAGCUUAUACGAUUAAGGCAUAAGAUUUUUUUUUUGCAACAAUACAUUAUCAUGCCUUCUCUUUCGUGUAUAGAUAUUAUCAGAGGCCUUGUUAGAAUGUCAUAAAUCCAGUGUUGAGGCUCAAAGUCCUUUAAAAUUAAAAGUGUUUGUUGCUGGAAGAAAUAGACUGGAAAAUCAAGGAGCUGCUGCUUUAGCGAAAGCCUUUACGGUAACUGUUCAAGAAAUGUAAAGUAAACUUUCAAACUUUAUUUUUUGAUUUCUAGUCAUUGAAAACGCAUGCCAUGAUAAAAAAUUAAAACAUACAAUUUCAAAAUUUCAUGACCAUUGUCAGAAAUUACACUAAAAUUAAAGUUACCACUACCAUGCAAAUUUUGACACAAAAGUUCCACGAGUUGAUAAAUACAGUUGAAAUUGCGGUUGCAAAAUUUCAGUUCGGUUGUUCAACGUGGUAUUUUGCCUCCUUUGCUUCAAUUUCCACAGCGGCAAUUAAUAUUAAUUGUGCUUGGCGAGCUUUGAGUUCACUAUGAAAAUUUGAGCACCCACUCUAAGCAGCUCAUGUUGCCACGUAUUAAUAUAGUCGUAACUUUGUGUAUCCAAAUUGAAUCGAAUGACUUGCUGAAAACUGAUUUCCCCAAUCCCAUGCAUCGGGGAAAUCAAGGCCAAGGUCUAACGUGCAAAGCCUAUACGUACCAGCGUUUGUCAUAAUUGUUCGUUAUAAGAUCUGUAUUAUUCUUAGGCAAUAGGAAGUCUUGAAGAAAUAUCAAUGCCUCAAAAUGGUAUCAACCACGCUGGCGUGGCUGCUUUAGCCAAGUCUUUUAAAGCUAACAAAAAUUUAAAGGUGUGUUGUUGUAAUGUCAAUGAUGUUUAAUUGUUUGUACAGUAUGUAUACCAAUUGAUAGGAAGGAAGGCAGGGAGGCAGGAAGGAAGACAGGGAAAGUCUCUUUUUUUCUACCGUCCCUCUGCACUUUGUGCUACUGCUGAUCUCAACAUUUCUAUAAACGCCUGCAAUACUGGCCUGAGCGCAGUCUCAUGGCAUCGCGGGGUCAAUCAUUUGACCGAGGCUAAUUGCUAUAUGAAAUAGGGAAUGGGACGAGUCGCCUUAACAUGUGUGACUGGGAAUUUUCAUACGUACGUGUAUAUUUUAGGUUGUGAAUCUUAACGAUAAUACGUUCACUGCGAAAGCCGCAAUUGCAAUGUCGAAGGUAAGACCUGUGUGUUAAAAUUCUUAUUUCUAUAUUUACGUUAUGUGGAUAUAAGAUAUUGUUAAAACUUUCUUCCUAUUUAAACUCUUAUGGUACUUAUUGAGAAAUCAGGCCGAGUUGGUUUUUAACUGGUUCUUAUUUCUACUGUCAAAAACAAGUGUUUUCGGUUUAGUGUUUUCCCAACAGAUUUGGAUUUGCAGUAGUAUUAAAUUAAGUAUGUAGCUGUUUAUACCUGCCCUCAGAGCAUGUCUCUACUGCAGCUAAAGACACAGUUAACGUUUUUUUUAAAACCAGAGUCAUUUGUCAGCUUGGGGCAGGUGUGACGCGAAAUUCCUGACUUGCGAAAUAUCUGACUAUUGUAGAACUGCGCAUCCGCAGACGAUGCCCUUGGAUGACUUUGGCUCAUAAAUUUCGCAACUGAACAGACAACACGUGUAUUUAUAAAGCCAUUUUAUUUAUACAUAAAUUUUCCAACAUUAAUUCUACAAUUGAUCAACUGAAUUGACACUAUACCACUGAUUGUGAACGUUAUAAUAAACCUUGAAUCGUAGAUAUGGAAAAAUCACUCGAAAAGCGAUCUUAGUGAUAUAAAAUAGACUCCAGUUUCAAAGGUUAUGCCGUAUAUGCAUUACUAUACUAUAAGCACUAAAAAUCGUUUCGCGUUUGACCUUCUCGCUAUCAGUUAGUAAGCAGCAACGAUGAGUUCGAAGUUCAUGAGUUGGACGUUUAGAUUUGGCGAUGUCUAUGCUAGAAACAUUUGGUAACAUCGCAUAUGGAGUAAAAAUCGUUUCGACCGACCGUAUUUAGCAAACGUCGUGUAUUUCGCGGUCACGACCACACAAUUCGCUUUGAAAUUUAAAGUGUUUGUGAUUGAAACUUAGCGAUGUCGAUUUGAAAUAUUUAACGAAGUAUUAGAAAUUAACAUCAUGAUUAUUUUAUCUAAACUCUAAAAAACAGUUUUGGCCGACUUAGAAUUUAGCAAGCGUCAUGUAUUUCGCGCCUGUACGCGCGAAAUUUCUGACCCGUCACGCUAGGUCAGGUAUUUAGCAGAGGUCAGGAAUUUCGCUUGACACCGGUUUUACGAAAGCUGUAUGCAUGAUAGCGCUAUCCACCGGAUAGUGAUUUUUUCAACCUUUCUGCAGUAAAUUGUCCGUUGACUGGAGUAACGAAUGAGAUUAAACUUAGUUUUUAUUCAAGUUUCUUUUUAUUAACUAUGAGUUCCAUAUCCGCCGUUUUACAGCUUUUGAAGCAACUGGAUAGCGCUAUCCGGCCUUCGUACAUGAAACCGGUACCUGACGUGGUUGUUGUAUCUUGGGUGCUUAAUCGCCCAAAUUUCAGGAUGGUGGUUCUUAACCCACUGGUUCUUUUAUGCGGGUUUUUCUGCGGUUUACAUUAAAUCUGUGCCUUUAUAUAGGCAAGUACUGCUAAAUUUAUUUUACACAUGGGCAUUAUUUCAACUGUCGUUUUAUAGGUUCUUCCAAGUCUUCCAAACUUGGAAAUUAUAAACUUUGGUGAUUGUUUAGUGAAAUCUAAGGGUGCAAUUGCCAUUGCAGAGGCUUUGAAAAACCGUCAUCAUAACUUAAAGGUAAUACUGCAUUUACUAAAACAUACUGCAACAUAUUUGUAUUGUGUUGAGGAACAGUAACCUCGGUCUGUACAUGUAUAUGAUUUUUACAGAAUACUGUCAUGCAAGGCAUUGAUUCACAUGCAUAUUUGUACUACCUACAGUACUGUUCACUGUAUUUCACUCGUUUCUAAGAUUAUAUACGUCAGUUUUAUGUCAUCUCAACUUAGAGCAGCAGUGGAGUAACUCCUUUGGGCUCAAGUUAGGGAUCCAAAUCGAUCCGACUCGGCUCAAGCUACGGAUCCAAAUCAAUUAGGGGGUCCCUGAACAAGGAUGACAAAGUGGCGAAGUUGAUGUAUUUCAGCCCCCCGGUCGCCACUUUAAAUGGGCAGGACCAGAGGCCCUAUUCCGGGUAAAGCCGGGGGGGCCUUUUGCACAAAGUUACACCACUGAGCAGCAGUAAAAGUAAGAGUAACAUGAAGUUCCGUGACUAUACAGUAUAACAGUAACAGUAUCAUGAUUUCAGUGACAUUGACAGUAUCGGUCACAUGGUAUACAAUUAUGAUUGCUGUUUUGUUUCAACUUUGGUUCUUGUUCAAUAUGUGAGGAAUUUUUAUGGCAAAAAUACUUUUGCGUAUAGUACAGUACCUGACGGUAUGAAUGUUAUAAAGGUUUUGUAAUAUUAAUUCAAUACAAUGUUCGUGUGUUUUCAGGAACUUAUUUUAGCGUUUGGCGAAAUGAACAAAGAGGCAGCCAUGCGGGUCGUUGAAUCCAUGGAAAACAAACCUCAUCUUACGAAACUAGACCUAAAUGGUAAGAAUCAGAAACGGUCAGUUGUAAAUUAUCAGUUAAGUAAAGAGAUUUAACUGUUGAACGGGUGAGUAGAAAUGUGUUCCAUACGAAGAUAAAGAGGUUGUUUGUAAAUCGUAUUUAUAAAGUGUACUUACAGUUUGUUGUUCUUUUGUCUCCGUUUGGGGAGCCCUUUUGACAGGCACUAGUUGUGUGGGGGGAAAUUGGUACAAUUUCUAUAUCGUCAUUAAUGACUUUAAACACCUUCCAUGUUCUUUGACAAUCGACCUGGUCUCUUUUACACGUAAUCAAAAGAUCAACAAAACACAGCUCAACGACGCCAUGCACGAGCUAUAGUAUCCGCCAUUUAAAGAUUUUAGCAAAAUUUGUUUACCAUUCAUGUGAUUGCAUUGGAAUAAGUCGAUUGACUUUUUUGUUGAGUGUAAAGCCUAAGAAAGAAAUAAAACAGUCAUGAUCAUUUCCCCGUAGUCAUGCACAUGCAUGUAUAAUACUCCAUGCAUGGUACUGAUACUGUUAAUCAUAAAAGAAGGUGAAACGAUAGUACAAUUGUCAUUCUCCUUAAAUGAUGUUCGAAUUAUUGUAUUUAAUAAAAGUAUUAUAAAUUCUUUGUAUAAAUUGCCAAUUUGAAAGUUAAGUGUAUUUGUUUUAAUUGCGAUUGCGUGCGCACUUGUAAUUUUAUAAUUUAAACGUUCUUGAGCUGACCAUGAGCUGACGUUGUCGCUUGCGUGGUAUGCUUGCGUGAUGAUAUAUAAUUAAAUUGUUUCAACCGAAAAUAUAAAAAUUGUCUAAAAUCGGAGCUACUGUACCGAACAUUGUUUUCCACAAAAAUGCAGUCAGCUAUGUAUGUCAUCCACACCUCCUUAAGCGUGCCAGGUAGAUCUUUUUCCACAUUUCACUACAGCUUCAUGUCUACUGUAAUUUGCAAGAACAGCGAAAUUACAAAGUAAUUAUUUGUACGCUCACGUCCUUCUUUAUUUUGCAACUAACGUUAGCAUUUUUAUAUUCCAGGAAACUGUAUUGGUGAAGACGGCAUUGAAGAACUUCGAUCUAAAUUGAACGAGUUGAAUCACAAAGACGUUCUUGAUUCACUGAGUGAUGAUGAAGGUGAUGAUGAAGAUGGAGAGGAAUCUGAGGAAGAUGAUGAUGAAGGUGGAGAUGAUGAUGAAGAUGAAUCGGAGGAUGGCGAAGAAAAGGAAGAAGUGGAUGACGAAAAAAGAAAAACAGAUAAGGUUUGAGAAAUAAUACGAAGCUUUGCAUGGUCGGUUGUAUUUUAGGAUGAACACUCUUGGUAUACUGUACAUGCAUACUGUACAUUGUCAAGUGCACACAAAGUAAUGAGAGCAUUUGAGAGCAUAAUUAAAAUCAUUGAACGAAAUUAACAAUUUAUAAGAUUUUGCCGUGAACAUUAUGCCGUAUAUGCUAAUUAACCAACAGAUCUAAUGGGAAGUUAACGAGACAAGCUGUAAGAACUUGUCCCAAGAGAUAAAAGAUGGGUUGGGAAUAUCCAGUUUUAUUAUAUAGUAGAGAGUGAGAUACUGAAAAAUACACAAUGAGAUAUUUUCGUAUCUUCAAUCGAUCACGUGACUUUUUCCAAUUUGCUUUUGAGCGUGAAUUUCACAAUUUGUUGCUUGGGACUAUAUAAUAAACAGAACAUUACACGGUGGCUUGAAGACACGACUUUUAUCUUCUCGUGUUAAAAACAAUAUUUUACUCACUCGCUGCGCUCGUUCGUAAAAUAUUGUUUUCACCACUCGAAGAUAAAAGUCAUAUCUUCGCACCGCCGUGUAAUAUCCUCUAUGUACUACAACUGCCCUGAUGUAUAUAUACUUCCAGGUAAACGUUGAGCAACGCAGGUCUCAAAAUAACGACCGGUCAACAGAGAAUGAUCGGCCAAAAAUACCUCGUGACCGGUCACUUUUUUACCUCACCGGUCAUUUUGACCGGCCACAUUAUCAUGCCUUCCAUGCAAUGUGAUUGCUGACGUCUUGAAUUAAAAGAUGAAACUUUGAUGUAUCGAAACAAGUUUCUAAUAGUUUGUUUCACUGUCAGUGUAAGCGUAUCAAUGACCAGUCAAACACAGAGUUUGACCGAGCUAGAAUCAAGUUGACCGGUCAUUUUGACCGGAUAAUUACUAUAUCUCCCGUUAUUUUGAGGCCUGCAAUGAACGCUCUCGGACAGUAUAGUUGUCAUCUUUCAAUUCAAGCCAUGGCAAUCAGGAUAAUAGAAUAAAUUCAACGAAAUAUUACAUUACGAGAUCUGACUUAGUUACGAACCAUAGCGGAUUAAGAGAUACAGGGACGAUGCGUAAGCGUCGAUCAUCACGUCGUUAAAAUUUGACGGCAGUUUCUGAGGUGGAGCAAUAAUGGUCCAUUCGAAAAUCCUACACAAGAACCCCAUUGCACCCACUUGAUUUGCCGUGGCUUGAACUGCAGAAUUUAGACUAUUUAUAGACUUGGGAACGUAUGAUCAGACACAUUCCUGGCGACUUGUCCAGUGCAUCAUGGCUAGAACCUUUUUAAAUUUAUUAACGUAACAGUUUAUGACUGAUUUUAUUUAAUAAAAGUAUUUUAAUUAAUCAAAACUAUACAAAUCGACUACAUACCAAUUUAUGAUUAAUUGUGUAAAAUUAAGUGGGGUGAACUGUAUUUAAAUAUUGGAGACUUUUUCAAUAGUUCAGACUCCAGGUUGUACAGUAUAUAUACUCAUCAUCAAAACACAGCACGACACUGUUUCUUCCCUUCCCUGCUUGUGAAAGAAGGAAUACUUAAGUGGUGGUAGAAGCAAAUGUUGAUAUCCUUUGAGAUUUUGUCCAGAGGAGAGGCAAGUGAACUUGCUGUAAAUACAGUAGGGGCGAAAUUACCGAAAUCGCCUAUCUUUAAAUAUAUAAUCAUCUACAACAGUGAAUACUGGUGACCAAAUCUAGUUUCAAAAACUCGAUUUGUUUACGUAUAAGAAGCAGUGUACGAAUUUUGAUAUCAUGUUCAAGAACUAGUAAAGUAAUAUAUUUGUAGGACAAUGAUCUAAAAAUUGCUGAAGAAUUUUUGUCGCAUCCAUCCCUGGAAAGUUUUAAAACUUUACCAACAGAACCUUACAGAAUUGAACUUGUAAAGCAAGCGUUGAAGGUAUUGUAGCUUACUGUUGUUAUAUAAUUAUUUGUACAAUUCCUACAUUUUUUUGUCAUCAUAAUAUUACUGUCAAAUUAACAUUUAUCUUGCAGACGAAAAUAACUGAUGUGGAUUGUAUUUGCAGAUCAUUUGUUCAGGUAUAUCAUUAAACUUAUAGAAAUGUAUAUCAAAAAGAAGUGAAUAUUUUAGAAAAUUGUGCAUGCAAUCUCUAUCUUUUCCCGUUUAGUCACAUAUACAUGCGUCGUCAGAGGCUUUUUUAAAAAUAUAUAUAAAGAAGUGUUUUUAACCAUUAUAUCAGUCCUUUGAAGUCAUGUUACAUGAUGUUUUCUUCCGCUGAUGUUUUCUUUACUACCAUACCAUACCAUAGAGCAUGAAAGAAAUGAAUGAGAAUGAAAAAUAUCGGCCCGGGUGAAAGGUUGGCCAUGUUCACAGAUUUUUCACGAAUAGUUUUCUGCAUAACAUUGGCUCUCUGUCAGAAAUUGCGUUGCAAGUUGCAGAAUUGCAAAAUUGCCUCGUGUAGCGUUGCAUUUAAAAUAUCGAGGCCGAAUUUUGGUGGAAACGCAGGGAGAGGUGGAAAAAACGUAUCCCCCUGAAGUCAAGUACGUGACGUAUCAUGUACUGUACAUAGCUAUCAAUGAUUUGUGAAUUAUGACUGUAUAACUCAUCCAAUUGAUUUCAUCCCUCGCUACAACACUAUACGGCAUUUCUUUCAGAACAUUAGAAAACUGCGGUUUUGAGAAGGAUUCAGUUACCUUUCGAAGUAUUGCAUUAAAAGCGCAAAUAGAGAUGAAUGAGUAUCACGUUUUCAAUUUUAUAGAAGAACUUGUUACAAAGUGUAGAACCUAAGCAACACAUAAAAAAUUAGUAACAAAAAUGAAAGUUACUGUUGCGUCAAAUUGUGACUCUGUUCCAUCAUAGACAAUCCAGAAGACAGGGACUGGAAACGCCUAAUGUUUUGCGCGUGCCAAAGCGUGCCAUCCAUGAUGUGCUUGCGUGACGCUUGUGCCAAAUGCCAAUCAUGCCAUGUGAGUGAAUUACUGAAUGGUGCCUGUUGUUUCGAAAAAGAAUAAAGCGAUAGAUUGUGGACCGGUACUUGUCUGCUGCUUUACAGCUCUUUAUAUACUGGAAAAUUGUUUAAAUAAUCUACACCGAAAAGGGAAUUAGGUAUAUCACAUUGUGUGUAAAGUUUAUAAAACGGAUCUGCUAAUAUUCAGAGACGAGUGCAGAGAAUUUUCGAGCUUGUUCAAAAUUUUGAUUUUCAAUUUGGGGUGGACUUUCAGGCACGAUUCAGGUUUGUUUGCGUAUUUUAGUUUACUUUAAUUAAGUUUACGUAUAUUUAUUCAAUUUUGCUUCACUGUAACUACGUUAUAUAAAUUGAUUGAAGUUAUCUUUUCGAAGUUUUCCUUGAUCUACAUUUUAAAAUUUGAAUUUGGCAAUUUCGGUUUUUAAAUUAAUAUACCUUCCAUUUUUAAUAUUGACAACAAAUCCUUUCUUUUUCGAAAACCCUUUUUGCUAAGGCAUCCAUUAUUUAAAAGAAAUAAAAACAAGGUUUCAGUUAUUUUAACGGUGAGUUUUGUAUAUGUUUAACACUCUUAACUUUCGACAAUGCCAACACUGAAGAAUGCCAAUGGCAAUGACAACUUUUUUGCUGUCAAAAACAUUACGCAAUCAUUAAAAGGUAGUUUUUGCCUUUGUUUGACCCAAUAUAAGUUUAAAAACCGGAGAAAUGCAUCCACAUGUCUAUAUUUGUUUUAAAUAUGUAAAUUGCAAACCCUGAACUUUAUUUAAACUGUAGUUGCAGGGUUCGAAGUUAGCCGGUACAAACUUUGCCGGACAACAACAAAUGGCAAUGGCGACUUUUUUCAGUGAAAAACAUUACGCAGCAUUCAAAGGACGUUUUUGGCUUUGUUUGACCCGAUAUAAGUUUCAAAACGGGACAAGUGCAUCCACAGGUCUAUUUUUGUUCAAAAUAUGUAAAUUACAAACUCGGAACUUUAUUUAAUUAAACUAUAGUUACAGGGUUCGAAGUGGGGGCAACAGAAAUGGCCAUCUUCUAGUUGGCGCAAAUUAAAAGUAAUUUUGGCCGUCAAAUUUUCAGUAAACAUUUUUGGGCGAAUAAGUUACCAAAUUGAUAUAAAAAAUAGCCUAUUCGAUAGAUUACAAUGUUGUGAUUACACAUACUUUGACCAAAAGGUACAAAAAUAGUUUAUUUUUCAGUUGCAGGGUUAGUUUUGCCAGUUUGCGUAAUUUUUUGUGUCAAAAUUCUCUAUUGAAUUGUAUAUGAAAGAAAAAAACCCAUAGGAAAAUGUUUUUUUACGAAGUAACCACUCAUUUGAUUCUGUUUUUCGAACAAACGUUUUCACUUAAAAGUCUACUUUUACCGCUAAUUACUCCCUGUUAUUUAUUAGACGCGUGCAUAUUAACAUAUUCGCCAACGCAUGAUGUCAUCGUUUGCUAAAGUGCGGUUGUUAUUCUGACUAAUUUUAUACUAUGUGACUGAAUUUAUAGAUCUAAAUAACUCGUAAUAUCUUAGAAAUUCUUAUCUCUAAAAUCGUUUUGUGUUCUUAGUUACAGUUAAGCCAUCGUGCAUUAACGUUGUCCUCUACAGAUACCCAUGUGUGAUGCGUCUGGCAUGACUGCACUAACACAUAUUAUGCUUUCCUUCAAACUUUUAGCUCUUGGCCGCAAUGAAGAAUUUCGACACAAGUAAAUUAUGCAAACUAACUAUAAAUACUGACAAACAUUUUUAGGAUCUUUGUUUAAGAAGAAACUUCACGAUUUCCGAGCUUAUAGCGACAAAGUAAACUAUGUUUUCGAGGGGGCCAAAUUUCCGAAGGGGAGGCCAUAUUUCCUAGGAAAUAUGGCCCCCAGGGAGGCCAAAUUUCCUAGGAAAUUUGGCCCGGGGGGGCCAAAUUUCCUGGGACACCGGCGAACAACAUUCGUAAUUCUGUCAAUCAAAUUCAGUAAACAUUUUUUGCUGAAUAUGAUACCAAAUUGAUAUAAAAAAUAGCCUAUUCGAUAGAUCUUGUGAUUUCAAAUGGCUUCAUCGUCAAAGACAAAACAGGUUAAGUUUGUAGUUACAGGGUUAGUUUUGGCAGUGUUUUCUGGAAAUAAUUGCUGCGUACGCGAUUUACCGAUAGCACGAUCCAAAUUUUACAUUUAGCGUCACUAUAAAAUAGAAAUAAAUGAAAAUUUGGACGUAUCUACCUUUGUUAGUAUAGCCGCUCCACGACUACGAUCCCAAAAUUCAGAUAAUACGCUUGUUUUACGAUAUAUUUUGCAUAAACUACACGCAUUUGCCUUUGUUUUUAUGUAAAUUUAAAGACUUGUUACCGUGGUAACCAAGUAAUUGCUACGUGACAGGCACAUCACGGAUGUCACGAUUUGUCAUCAUAUUCUAGCUUGCGUUUCCAGUCCCUGUCUUCUGGAUUGUCUAUGGUUCCAUCAUUUGACCUUUUUCAAGGGAAGGUGCAUGAAUUUCCAUGGGUUCUUAUGGGUCACCUCCCCACUCCUCCCCUCAAAAUCCUGCAUGAUUUAAUUUUUUUUUUAAUUGAAAGUCCAUUUACUGUCUUUAUACAUGAAGACCUUGUUCUUUGAUUUGCAGGUGUCAUCUGUUCUUCACAAUGCCGACGAUUUUAUUCCAUGCACAGGUAUAUACGUCGUCAGUUUAGCUGUACACCUUUCAUGUUAUUGAACAAUACAGUAGUUAAUGCAUUUGGUUUGGCAUGGGUUUUUCUUUAUGCAGUGCAACUGUGCAAGCUCGUCUUGGUAUAAAAUCCUGAGGGAUUGUCAUGUGUUCUUAUCUAGAUUGCAUGUCAAUGUAACAACACAUAAGCUAUCAUUCUUUACUGCUUUAGCAGUUAGCAAAUCGUAUAUUUAAUAAUUAUUGAAUGAGGUUGAACAUGCCAUGAUGUGAAGAAUUAGUAAGAUCGACGUUUGUGUUAUCCAAUCAAAGUCGAUGACGAGGUUGAUAAAACAAGCUGAUGGUUUGAUAAUUUUUCAUAUCUUGCGAAAACCGAAUUCAAUAAUUGUUUUAUUAUCUAUUUAAAAGAUGAAAAAGACAUAUGGGUUCAAUUGGUCGAAAUAAUGACCAGUUCUUUUUCCUCAGUAUAAGUACGUUAAGAUGUUUUAAAACCUGUCGUGGCUGUUUCCGUUGAUAUUUUUUCUUUAUAUUUUCAUUGUCUUUCCACAGCAUGACGUCAUAAUGUUGAAUAUGAUUUUUUUCACAUCAACAACAUGACGCCAUGUCGCCGACGUUUGUGUUAUCCAAAGUGAUAACGUUUGUGUUAUCCAAUGUCCAAAGCUAUGUGAAAACCUCAUAUAUUUGAUCAGCUAUUGAGUUGAUAUGAAGAUUUCACAGGUGGUUGUUAGCCAAUCAAAAACCAUGAAUGUUUUAAAUAACUAACAAUGACAAAUGUCUUUCAUUUCAAUGUGAUGCCUUAAUGUGCAUUUAUCAGAAAUUUAAUAAGUAAUUUUAUGUUUGUUAAUAAAUUCAACGGAACUCGAACAGCCAGGAUUUUAGUUGGUAUUUUGUGUUUGGUUUGACACUGCAGGGUUUUUUUAUGUUCACAUUUAGAUGUAAUUCUCCAGGAAGCUUUUCUAGUAUCUGAUAAACCGGAAACUGUAAUAAACAAGUUACUAAUUCACAUGGGUUUACUAAAGGUUUGUUAUUUUGCUUAGUAUUUUGGUUUUUUAUUUUGCUUCGAAUCCUUAUUUGAUUCGCCUUCUAGAUCAGUGGUGGACUAUUAGAUAUCCGGGGAGGGGAGGGGAGAGAAGGGAAAUGUUUCUUGCAAGAAUUUUUUUAAGUUCGGACGUUUGUCGAAUCUUUUUUACGGUGUAUUUAGGAGCUGCAUGUGCAGGAUUUUUUUUCUAUACAUAUCUGUAUAUUCCAUGCAUGUAGUUGCAGAAAUUUUGUUUCUUUCUCUAGAUACUUGCAUGAAUACUUUUUUCUAACUCUUUGCAUGAAUGCUUUUGGAGAACUGCCAACCCCCUCUCAGUACAGUACAGUAUAUCUAAUGGUCCACCCCUAAUAUACUAGAGUUGCAACUCUCGCUUCUAGCCAACUUUCAUUGUCGCUCAUCAACGUUGGAUCAGGGUUUAAAGUAUUAAUUUAUAACAGCAUUAUUCUGCAUGAGGUAAAGCGACAACAGAAUGUGCAUGUUAAAUUAUUUUCUUUUAAGAAUUCAGUUUGCCGUUCUUCAAAUUAGUAUACAGUAUGUAUAAUUUGCAUCAUUUUCACGUGUGAUAUCGGCAUGCACUUUUGGGGUGCCGCUUGACGUAAUGACGUUAUCGCUGACCAUGAGUGCCGCUCUACUUAGGACUUUUUUAAGAGAGAUAAAUACUAUAGGGUUAACUCUUAAUAGUGCAUGGUAUAUUGUAGUGAUGGGCGAUACCACCAGUAUCGGUUUCGAUACGAUACCGAUUACUUUUUGGUUAAAGUAUCGAGGUAUCGAUUACCCAAACGAUUACUUCCUCCAAUUUUCAAAAACUUGCAUAUUUUUAACAGUAACGAUUUGAUCCGCCAUUUUAAUCCAUAAAAAAAACAAAUAUUACUUUAUUUCCCGCCUUUUUCAUAAUCUAUUUUACUCGGCAAGAAUAGAAUGGCAAAUAAAGUAUGAAGGAAGUUUGAUUAAAUUGAUAAAUGCAGCAAAAUACCAAAAAGUGCGUAAAUUUUAUUAGAAAUAACCAUGAAAAUGAUGAUACAACUGCAGGAUUAUAAUGAAUUUCUAAUUUUAAAAGUAAUCGAAACACUUUUUCGAUACCAUGCAGUAUCGACUACUUCCUGUUUGGGCCUGGUAUCGGGUGGUAUCGAUACCAAGUAAUCGGUAAUCGCCCAUCACUAGUAUAUUACUAUAUUGUUGUAUAUUUGUGCAGAGUGAAGAAAAGAUAAAACCAGCAAGUGAUGAUAUAACAGGUGCGUUAGAGGCGCUUGAUCAAGCUGCAACACAGGAGUAUUUUCCCAAGAAUCUCGCUUUCUAUUUCAUCGCCUUCUUAGCAAAGUAAGUAUGAUGCUUCAACGCUUGCCGAAUGACACAAUUUUAUUCAAUUUAUCGUUAAUUAGCCGUAAAUUAAGGGAAUUAUUUUAACAAAUAGUUUCAAACAGAAGAUUUUCACUAAAAGCUGGAAAAAAUACUCUUGACAUCGUUUGUUAAUGCACCAAUUCGUUAAGCAAAUAUUCUAAGACAAUUAAGAAAACAACUAUGACAGACACAAUGUUGUGAGAGAAGGGUUGUCGAGGAGAAAUGCUCCGAUUAUACUUUAAACUGUGGCCAAAUUGUCGCCCCACAGACUCACUGUUACAGCAAUAUGAUUAUGAUAUAAUUAUAUGUCCUCAGGGGGUCGUGGUUCCCUCAUGUUGGACUUUACCCAAGGGGUAGAUCCCCGAGAUGGGCAUCCUAAAUGUCCAAGGGGUAGUACCGUAGUAGAUCCCCGUGAUGGUCAUUGUUUACUUUAAUGUCCAAGGGGUAGUAGAUCCCCGUGAUGGUCAUUGUUUACUUUAAUGUCCAAGGGAUAGUAGAUCCCCGUGAUGGUCAUUGUUUACUUUAAUGUCCAUGCAAGGGGUAGCAGAUCCCCGUGAUGGUCAUUGUUUACUUUACAAUACACUGUAUAAUACAUUGAUUUGUGUGAGUCUAUAUGGGGUUGAGGGUGACCUUUGGGAGCACUCCAUCCCAACAACCAAAUAUUUUUUAUUUUUACAACCAGACUUGCAAAGUCAAUUCCAAUACUGUAUAUUACAAAAUAUAGAUGUGCCUGUAAUAACAUGUUAACCUGCAGUAACUACUCCAUAAUACUUUAUCUAUGCGUACACUACAUGAAUUGCAGUCCAUGCGAAUCUCGAUGACGGAUUGCAUACCAAAAUAAUAUUUACAGAUUUUAAUUAAUUUAUUUUGUGAUACGAGUUAUGAUAAAGUGGUGCAAAAUCCUUGAAGGGUGGGAUGGGUGGAAAUUUCAAAGUACUUUGCCGCAGAGGCCAUACACUUUUGCUUGCAAGUGACACAAUGAGGCUUACUGAUCCAAGCAGGAAACUAUGCAGACGAAGAGGUGAAACCUGAUUGGUCUAUUUUCCCGCACGCAUGCAAGGGAAGAGAUUUGACAAUGGUUUGUUGUUAAUUCAGCCUACACGUGUAUGAUCACACGGUUCACAGAUUGACCUUUGUACCAGACCUUUGUACUCCAGGAGACUUAGCACAACUUUACUUUUGUCCGAAGUUUAUAAUGCUAUGGGCACGUAUAAACUUGCUAAAAAGUUUGAUUUUGAACCAACAAAUACGCCGCCUCAAACUGGACCCGAAUAAACUAAAAAUUUGAGAACAAUGUAGGACUGUAGUUUGCCUGCAGUAAUUUCAUUGUUAAUCAUAUAGAGGGCAAAUUUUUUCAAAUAUGAUUGGCUAACGAUGAGGGCAUUUUUUCGAGAUUAUCUAUAGUGCGAGCUGCGAGUUGCGAGUUACGAGUAUAUUGUUAAUUUCUAAUAACAUCGGGUUUAAUUUUAACCCAGGGUUAACACUAACCUAGCUUUGAAGCACCGAACCAGGUGUUUACACCUGUGGUUUACACUAAAAAUUCAAAUUGAAAACUGUAUGGCAUCCUGGCGGAUGUGAUUUUAGCUUUGUCUCAAUUUGGCGCCAAUUUUCAGCUUUUGAAAUAAACAUUCAUUGCAUUUAUUUUUAUACUUACAAACUUGUAAAUAGCAAUCGUUUUGAUAUACUGAUGGUUUUUUCCCGUGUUUAGAUAAAGUUUAUGUAUGUAUAUGUAUGUCUAUGUAUAAAUUGUAUAAAAUAAAUUGUACUUCCGAUGAAAAGGACUUGAGUUUUAUAGGGUUCCCAGCGUUCAGUAUAUAUAAACAAACUGAGUCGGUGUCUGGUCAUACUUACUAAUAAAAUUAAAUAACCAUUUUAAGAUUAGAAAGCACAAAAUGGUCUGAUAACUACUAGAUUUUAUUAAACACAGAAACGGCAAAUAUAAACUUGCACUUUUAUUUUCAAUAUAAUUAUUUUAAUUCUUGAACAUACGUAUCGAUGGAUCUAACAAAGUAAAAAAGCAAGUAACGGCCGAUUUUUAUCUCGUCCGUAUCGUAGCAUUUUCUUUUGUGUCGAAGUCUUAGUUACAGGGACCUUAACUUCGAAGGUCAUUAUAUUUAUGAAACAAAAAACCCUUCGACUUUGCCUUCCAUGUCGUCCAUAUUAAUAUACUUUCAAAGCCUAAUUCAAAGCGAGGCUAGCGACUCGCAGCUCGCAACUCGCAGCUCGCAAAAUAGCCGACCCCCAUUUUUUCUUAAUUCAGGACAAAUUUACUUGUACCUGAUUGGCUGAGACGCAAGCAUGGGAAGUUUCUUGUUUUAAAUAGCAAUACAAACAAUGGCUUCUCGCUUUGUUGUUGCGGAUAAUGUUAUUGAAGAAUUAUAAUAAAAACUUCUAGUGAAAACUUGAACACUGGAAAAAGUACAAAUUUAUGGGUUGGAGUAUUUAAGAAGUGGGCAGCAUUAAGGAACAUCGGCGAAGACAUGGAGACAUACAAAGUUCAAGAACUUAACAAGUUCACAAUAAAUUUUGCCCUCUAUGAUUAACAAGUAAUCACAUAGUUCCUUGUAAAAUUUUUACAAAUUUCAAAGUUUUACAAAUUACCCUCAUCGCUUCGCGACUUGGGCAAUUUGGGAAACUUUGUAAACACGCGUGAAAUUAAACCUAAUUAUUAAUAUUUCUUUUCCCACUUUUAGACCGAAUUCUACAAUGAAAUGUUCACCGUCAGCAAAGACAAAUCUCUUGCAAACUUUAGAACAGUUAUAAAUUCACAUGCGCAAUAGAAUUAUGUAAUCUUAUUUUAACUCACAUACAGUAGCUAUUUAAAUCUAUGCAUGUGUACUUGUUUGUUUUUUUCUACUGUGUAUAAGGUUGUCAAUACUCGCAACCUGGAUCCACGACUCGCGUGAAAAGCACAACAACAAACGUGUGUGUCGCUUUCUUCGUGUCUUUCUGACUUUGAUUUUUGUAUUUGUGGGCCUGCAAUAAUUGGUCGCCUAGACUGUUGCGGAUACCCAACUAUAGUCUGUCGUAGUCCUGUAUAGUUGUUGUGUGUGUUUUUAUGUACAGUAGCGUAACACGAAAAAUCUCACCAAGAUGUGUUUGCAACAGGCUUGUGGCAACCUUGUCAACAAGUUGUAACAAUGCUGUUAUUUUAUCAAGUUACUACAAUUAGGUUGUCACUCACAACUUGUUGACAAAAUGUUGAAUUACAGGACGAUAACAAGUUGUUGGAACAACUUGUAACAAGGAUCUAAUCUAAAAUUCCACACGAGUCAGAACACGAAUGGAACAAGAGUGAAAUACAAGUCUUAAUUGAACGACUAAAAACACUAAUACAUGUACGACUUAUUAAUAAGUUCCCCUACCCCGCAUAUCCUUGUGCAGUCCACCCUGAAGAGAUGCUACUGCAGUGUCAUGCCUAAUAUCACAAUCCCCGGAAGAAUCCAUUUUGCUUUGUUCGUAUAUUUAGCUAUUAAGAAGUCGUAUUAGUGUUUUGUAUUUCACUCGUGUUCCAUUCGUGUUCUGACUCGUGUGGAGUUUUAGAUCAGAUCUGUAACAAGUCUGUUGAGCUCAACAAACUUGUCGUAAGUUGUCAACAAGCCGUAGACAACUUGUCAACAAGCUGAGAACAAGCAUUGCUGCAAGUCUGCUGCAGGUUUGUUUGCAAGUUGUUCGUAGUACAUGUGCACCUAAUGAAAAUCAAUUAAAUUUUAAAAAAUAUCCCCAAUUAUAUUCGACAAAGUAUGUAGGUGCAUUGUUUUUUGUGUCCAGAGGCACUGAGUUUAACUUUCAGUUUCAUCUUAUAUACACGAUUUUGUAACGGCGAGAGGGGA